UUCCCCUACACUCAUUUACUUGUGGUAUUGAUCUAUUUUGUUUUGUGUUUUGUAUUUCGAUUAAAUAUAUAAUUGAAAAUAUUUGAAACAAGUUCCUUGAAUGAAUUAAUCAUAUAAAGUCCCCUAUACUAUAUAUUUGAAUCAAAAACCUAACUUUUUUGACUAGGAUCAUUGGGUUUUCGUGUACGUUCUUAUAAUUUUAAAAUAUGGAAACCAUCUUAGAACAGCAAAGAAGCUAUCAUGAAGAGAGGGAACGUACCAUGGAUGCCAUGGUUAAAGAAAUUUUACAUAAGAAAACUGGCCAUCGUGAAACAAUAAACGGCGAUCAUCGUCUAAAAAAUCUACAUGACAGAUAUGUAGAAGCAACAAUAAGGCUCAAAGAUUUGUAUGAGGAUAAAGAUAGUCUUCGAAAAGAGGAAAUAGCUGCAUUGUCAGGACCUAAUGAGUUUCAAGAAUUCUAUUCUAGACUAAAACAAAUAAAAGAAUUUCAUCGGAAACAUCCUAAUGAGAUUUGUGUGCCAAUGUCUGUAGAAUUUGAAGAGUUGACAAAAUUAAGAGAAAAUCCAGCAGAAGAUUAUACAACACCUGUUGAGUUUACUGAUGAAGAAGGUUAUGGAAAAUAUCUAGAUCUCCAUGAAUGCUAUGAAAAAUAUAUUAACUUAAAAGGUAUUGAGAAAGUGGACUACAUAACUUACCUAAGUAUUUUUGAUCAUUUAUUUGACAUUCCAAGGGAGCGCAAGAAUAGUGAGUACAGAAAUUACAUUCGUGCUUUGCUGACAUACUUGAAGGACUUUGUUAGCAGAGUAAAGCCACUUCUUGAUCAGGCUCAAGAAAUGGCUGCUGCCCAUCAAGAUUUUGUCAAACAAUGGGAGCUUGGUACAUUUCCUGGAUGGCCAAAAGAAACUGGUGGCGCCUUGACUAAUGUGGGUGCCCAUUUAGACUUGUCAGCAUUUUCAUCAUGGGAAGAAUUGGCUUCACUUGGGCUCGAUAGAUUAAAAUCUGCUCUUAUGGCUUUGGGUCUUAAGUGUGGUGGAACUUUGGAGGAAAGAGCACAGAGAUUAUUCAGUACAAAAGGUCAAACAGCUUUGGAUAAAUCUUUGGUAGCCAAGAAAGGUGGAAAUAAAGCAAAGGCAUCAACUCAACAGAGACAUAAAGAUAUUGCUGCUAUUGAAGCUCAAGUUUACAGAUUUGCAAAUAUAGUAAGCAGUACUCGCGCAGCUACUAUCGAGAAUGUAACCCGUAGAGCAGCUCGGGCGGCUGGUGAACGCCGCGAUGAUAGCGGUGAUGAAAGCGAUGCUUCCGCCGCUGUAGACGUCGAUUCUGAUGAUGAUGAAGUACCGUAUAAUCCAAAGAACUUACCUCUGGGUUGGGAUGGCAAGCCAAUACCAUACUGGUUAUACAAACUACAUGGUCUCAAUAUUAGCUACACAUGUGAAAUCUGUGGAAACUACACAUAUAAGGGUCCGAAGGCAUUUCAGCGCCAUUUCGCGGAGUGGAGACAUGCACACGGCAUGCGCUGUCUCGGGAUACCCAACACUGCACAUUUUGCUAAUGUUACGCAAAUUGAAGAUGCACUUGCUUUAUGGGAAAAGAUAAAACAUCAGAAGGAAAAUGAGAGAUUUGUUGCAGAAAAUGAUGAGGAAUUUGAAGAUUCUCAAGGCAAUGUUGUAAAUCGUAAAACUUAUGAAGACUUAAAACGUCAAGGAUUAUUGUAAAUCAGUAUCUAUUUAUAAAUAAGAAUGAAUUGUUAGUAUUCCCAAUAUUUUAAAUAAAAUCUUGAUAAUUUAAA